AUGUCAGCGUUAACUGAAGGAACAUCUUCAUGGUAUCACGCAUUGGAACAGCGUGAAUAUGGUCAGAAUCCUCUCAAAAGCAUCGAUCCGAUUCAGAGACACACCAAGAAGACAUUAUAUCAACGGGAUGUGAAAGGCCACAUGGGCUGUGUAAACGCAUUGGAGUUCUCAGCAGAUGAACAAUAUUUAUUGAGUGGUAAGAAUAACAUCUAAAUUGUCGUAUGUUUAGGCGGAGAUGACUGUCGAGUCUUCUUGUGGAACACACACGACCUUAUGUUAUCCGAGAAACCAGUGCCUUGCAGGAUCAUGGACGAGAGUCACAACUCUAAUAUAUUUGCGGUAGACUUUUCCAUUGACAACAAAACGGGAUAUUCAGCUGGGAACGACAGAAUGUUCUAUGCUCACGACAUUGAAACAGGUCUAGGAUUAUAUAAUUUGAGUGGUGGAGGUCCGUUUCACAGGAUUGAUGCUCAUGUGAGUUGGCUGAGCUUAAUUUUAUAAUAAUUUAGGGAUGAAGUAGAUUACUAACGUUCGUUUUUCAAAGCUAACUGAUUUGUUACCUAAUUUUAGCCGACUUCGGAGAAUAUUUGCGUGGCUACUAACGAAGAUGGCAAGUUUCAUAUUAUUGAUACUAGAGCAAAAGAACAGACGGCUUACAAUGUCAGUUGUAGUGCUUAUUCUGCUGUUUACAAUCCACAGCAUCCAGAGUUGCUUCUGAUUGCUACACGAAAGAAGGGAAUGUCGAUCAGAGACAUCAGGAAGCCGGAAGAGUAAGUUCACCGCUAAUAGAUUGUUAAUAAAAUUUAAUAGUUAGUUUAUUUUACAAUUGCUACGUCAAAGGGAAGUGUACUAUUAUACACUAUAAAUGUUAAUUUAAUUUUUAGAGACAUGGUCACAUUUGCCAGCAACGGUUCGAACUGUACAAGAAAGGCGACGUUUGCUCGGUGGUCGCCAAAUGGAGAAGCAGCAGCUGCUGUUAUUUCUGGAUCGGGUUUGAUAUAUCUCAACGUAAGUCAUCUUUAUUAUUAUAUUAUUGUUUUAGAUAUUAUCUGAUAACAUGGUUAAACUGAACGAUCCGGAAUAUCUGAAUUCGUGCACAUUAAAGUCAUGCGAGUUCAUUGGAGAAGAUUACUUGUUAUGUGGAAGCGACAAAUGGGAUAUUUAUGCUUGGAAACUGCCGACUGGUGAUAGCAAUGGUAAUCUUGUUUUAAUUAAGUUACUGAUGCUUUUUUUUAUUUUAGCUUUGGUAUGGAAUAUUAUGUUUUACGUUGUUUUUGUUUUCAGUCGAAAGCGUGUCAGAGGCUGUUAAACUAAAGGGUCACCGGUCAAUUGUGAAUCACAUUCGUUACAGUCCAGCAAAUAAUAUUAUUGCUUCAUCUGGAGUCGAAAAGGUUAUUAAGGUAAAGGAGUAUAUUUAUACAAACAAUAAUCGCUUAUUACAUAUAUUAAACUGCUUGUUGAUCUGUUAUAGAUAUAGCUAAAUAUAAAACUUUGGUGUUUGAUAUAGUAACUAAUCGUUCGACUUUCAGUGUUGGUCGCCUUACAAACUUCCAGAAGCCUACAGAGACCCGGUGAGACGAGAAAUGUGUGAUCCAUUUUCAAUCAGCAGAUACCUCCAAGAGAACGACCUGGACUCGGUCGAAGAAGAUUUGGCCACGUUGGGACAGUUCGAUCAUUAUUUGGUACGGUCUAAGUCUUCAUGAAGUCUUUUCUGAUAAAUUGACAUUAGAUGCUUUGUUUAUGAUACGUUUAUAAAAAAGUUCUUUUGAUAAUGUAAUUUAUGUUGCAGAGACAAGCGAUGAGCACUUCUGGAACGGCAUUGGACGAUUCAAGCGAUGACAGCGACUUUGAAAAUGGAGAUAUUGGCGAACUUCUCAGAUUUGCUGUCGUUAGGUUUAACCAGGUAGGCUUCUUCUGUUGGUUGUCGUACUUUUUUUUCUGAAAGCCAUUUGGUUAUUACUGUCUCAAUUGAUUUAGCAUUAAUAUAGUUUGUUCUUUUGAUUCCUUUUUACGACCUUUUACAAUUUCAGUACGACGAUACGUUGAGUGAUAUGGUGACGGACGAAGAAUAUGCCAAUGAAAUUCCGUUUUCUGAAUCCAGCACAGAAAACGAAGAAGACCUGGAAACAGAAGUUGAAUGA